AUGGCGGCAGUACCUUACAUAUCGGUGCAACCCAACUACUCGGAAGUGUUUUCCGACGUUUCUUCAUCCACCAUCGCCGGCGAAAAAGCCUGGCUCUCCUACUACGCUUCCAAUGCCCCCUCGUCCAGUGUGCAUGUCAAGCUGCGGCUCAUCCAGACCAAAGACGACGGCAAGGACGUAGAUACGCAAGGUGGGGUCAAGGUCGGAGAGCUCGAAACGUCUGGUGGGCCGACACAUGGGUUGCAGAUCAACAGGGUUCACGGAAGCUGGCUGGACCUGGAGCUGACGCAGCCAGCAGCAGCAACGGCGGGCGAGCAUGCCGGAAGGUCGGCGAGAACGCAGCAGUCGGACAUCAAGCUCGACUCUGGCGUGCAGGUUCGGUUCCCUCGAAAGACAUUGACAAAGUUCUUGCCGACCGUGAGCACGUCCAAAGUGAACGACAACUACACAAACUACCCGACCAUCGAUGCGUUUGACUUGUCGCUUGGCACAGCAGACGACGAGCUCGAUCUGUUCGUCGCCGGCGGCACCGAAGGUUCGCUGUACACCGGUCGGCUGGCCGGAGAGUUCGAUGCCGCCGAAGCCCGCGCCUCCGCCAUCGAGACGCUGCUCACCGACGAAGAGCGUCACAUCCUCACCGGAGAAUCGCCCGACCCGGAAGAACGCAAGUGGGACAUCGAAGCGCGCAUCCGCCUCUCAAUCAACACUGCCAAGUCUCGACUGGGCAAAAAGACCUCACUCAAGGGGCACGUUGGCGAUGUCCGUUUUGUCAAGUUCUUCCCGUCGAACCGAGUCGUGCUGUCUACGUCGAGCGAUCUGACGUGCAGGAUCUGGGACCCUUUUACGGGCGACAACCCGCGCACACUCCAGGGCCACAAACGCGCAGUGCUCACCGCGGGCAUCAUCGGCAGGGGCAAGAACAUCUUGACAGCGGGCGCCGACGGCUCGAUUCGACUGUGGGACGUCGCGGCGCCGAAACAGAUCAGGCUGAUGGGCAGCGACCGGUAUUCCGCAGUCAACUGUUUGGCGCUACAGCAGGAGCAGCAGCAGGCAGAGGAGGAGAGCAGCAAGUUCGUGGUUGGAUUGGCGAGCGGCAGCUGGCAGCUGUUUGACGUGAGGGCAGCGACGGCGGCGCUGACGGGCAGCAAGUACGCUUUCCCUCCCGGUGCGGCUCCUUCCGCUAGCGAUCUGUGGACUCAAGCAACGACGGCAGGUGUGACGGCGAUCGACGUGAAAGACAACACUGUUGUCACAGGAACCUCCAACGGCAUCGUCAGCGUAUGGGACCUCCGCUCUGUCUCGUCGUCUUCCCCUCCCUCCUCAUCACCGCCACGCGGCCUCCUCACGGCAUGGAGACGCAACAACGCCGAGCUCAACCACCUCCGCCUGACCACGUCCCACCCCGACGCACUGCACGUGCUCGUGGCGACGCAGGACGGGCUGCCGUACCGCGCUGCGCUCGACCCGUGCUUCACACCGCUGAGCGAGGGGAGGGAGGAAGACAUGCAGAUCGACACGGAGGCGGGUGCAUGCUGGACGGGUGGGGCACCCAGGGUGGUGUGUGAGUAUGCGGGAUGGGACUGCGACCAGACGAGCUGGGUUGGCGAGGAUCGGCAGGGGAGGGUGGUCGUUGCUGGCGCCGAGGGGGCGGUGAGGAGAUAUUGA